AAGGCUUAAGACCAAGCACAGCGCAUCCCGGACAUAACCCAGACAGACAGCUUCCAACCGCAACCGGCAACUAACAGCCAUGUCGCGAUCCUUCUAUGUGGACUCUUUGAUCAUAAAGGACACUGUGCGACCCGCACCUUUGAGCGAACAUGUAGGACAGGACUUCCUCAUUCCCAUCAGUGUCCACUCUCCGGGUAUGAUGGGCGUAACGGCACCAAUGUGCCCGUCUCGGAAGAGCGGCACAUUUUGCGUCUGUCCACUGUGCGUCACCUCGCACAUCCACUCAUCCCGGGGAGGCAUCCCACUGCUGAAGGGCCAGUUCUCCGGAGGGGAAGCUCAGUACUGCCAGAGGGUCGCACACCAUCAGAGUCCGGCACUGGCCCACCCAGGACACGCACCUGUCUGCACGCCCACCACGUACAGCGUCACCGACCCCCGGAGGUACCACUGCCUCUCACUAGGCGCGUCUGAAAAUACACAUAUCCAGAAUGGCAAGAGGAUGCGCACCGCAUUCACCAGCACACAACUUCUGGAACUAGAGAGGGAGUUCUCUUCCAACAUGUACCUUUCACGGCUGCGGCGGAUCGAAAUCGCGACAUACUUGAACCUUUCCGAGAAACAGGUGAAGAUCUGGUUUCAGAACCGCCGUGUAAAGCACAAAAAAGAGGGCAAAGGCACGCAGAGGAGCUUGCACGCCGGAUGUAAGUGCACGGGCGGCCACGCGCACUACCCGAGGUCAGAGGACGAGGAGUCGUUAUCGCCAGCGUCAGCAACAGAAGAGAAGGAGAUCUCACCCAUCUGAGGGUGAAGGAAGGACACGACAGACGCUGUCAUUAGCACUUACUGUGGGUCCGCCAGAUCCUCUAUAUGAACGGACACUAUUUUUGCCUCAAACGUUUUUGCAGAACGUUAUUGAUUGGGUCGUUUGUACUUGCAGUCGAGUGACAUACUUUGUUACAUUCCCUAAGGUUGUCAUUGUUUUAGGCCCAUCAGAAAAACUGUGAAUACGUGUUUAUUUGAAAUAUAUUAUUGUGAUGAAGCAAGCUGGACCAAUAAUACUCAAAUAUUGUUUACACCCCAUGUAGAGAUAACCCACUGUGUAUCCUACUUGAUGUUCCAACAGAAGAUAAACAGUACACCAUUCUGUAAAUGCAUAGAACAGUGAUCCACACUGGGCUGUAGAUAUCUGAACUACUGUGAGUAUUUCGGUUGAAGUUUGAUGUGUUAUGUAA